AUGCCAAAGACAAAGAAGAAGUCCAAGAAGCAGCUGGAGGAUGAGCUGCAGAAGGCAGCGGAAGAGCAACGGCGUCACGAGGAAAAGGAGCGUCUUUUCAAGUUGGAGGAGGAUGCUCUUGCUGCCCAUCGAGAGCGCUUGGAGAUUGAGCUAGAAGGUAAGAACCGUGUGCUAGAAGCUGAGCGGUUGGAGGAAGAGCAAGAGAUCGUUGCUCGAAUGAAAGGCGAACGAAAGAGAUGCUUAGACUAUGAACAGUCGAAGCUGCAAGAGAAGAUAGAGUGGCAGAAGUUUGUGUCUUGCACAUCGCGCCCGAAUGUGAUGUUCGAGAGUGAGAUCACCACUUACGUCACGAUGGUACGCGAGGAGAGGUCAGAUCGAGAGUCCAUGGAGUCUGCAAUCGAGAAAUGCAAAGCUGCAGAAGAAGUUGUCGGUGACCUUCUGGAGCUUUACUGCAAGGCCUGUGAAGAGGGCGACGUGAUUCGACAAGAUUGGUGCAUGCACUACAUCGCUGAGAUCCGCGAGCUGGAGAUCGAGCUGAUAGACGCAGCUACCGCGCAUCUGCUAUUGUAUAUCGAAAAGCAGGAAGCGAACACACAUUUGCAGGUAUACCUCCAGUGGGGCAAUGCCAACGAUGAGUUGAAGGUCGGAUUCUGGGGCCACUUGCAAAGCAAGGGCUUCCGGGCAAAGUCCAUCGAGCACAGCAAGAUUCAGAUAGGACUAGAUCUGCCAAAAGCGAUUCAGCUACAGUCCAUCGGACAUUGCAUCGGUGUGCGGUCUUUGUACACAACUUUCGACAGCGCGCAGGGCAAAGACCCGCAGAUGGGAAUAGGAGGAAUGAUCCGUGUGGACUUGCUCUCGAUCCCUCCGUUCAGCAAGAAGGUCAAAGGGUGGACCAUCCGCCAGGUUCCUGCACCUGGCAAGGAGCUCAUGAAGUUGCCCUAUCCCAACACCGAGCAUACGACCGCCAGUACCGCUAUUGCAGCCCCUUGCAAGAUUGACUACAAGGUUCCGGCGCACGUGUUGGUCAGCAAGAAUCCGGUGGUCUCUUGGUGGGAUGCAUCACUGGAACGUUGGUCAACAGAAGGCAUUAGCGAGAUUACUUGGGAGGAGGAUACGCGCAAGAUCUCCUUUUUUACUGCUCGGCUUGCAUCCUUCUCCAUUACACAGGAGAGGCACAUUGACCUGCCGUACAAGCACUGGAAUAUGAGGCCAUGUGACGACUUCACCGUUGAGCUGACAGUGCAGGCAGCAAGGUACGAGCUUCGCUUCAUGAUCUCGGAAGAUGGACUCAGGCUCAAGGGGCCUCAGCUGCCUGAGCUUCUGGAUGUGAUGUUUGAGGCUGGCAGUGGCGAGGCGGGUGGCCUCAGCGGGCCCAGCGGCCGUCGACCUCGCGUGCGCAGCCCGGCCACGCUCUUGAAUGAGCUGCGAGAGUGCGGCUUGAAUCUGAUGCCCAAGAACUCGGAUGCUGACCAGCUCGAGGGCUACACGCCGAAGCAUCCAGAAACACAGGCUCGUGCGUACUCCGAUCUGAGCGAAAUCGCCGCUUACUAUGACAUUGCCUCCUCGGUGCACAACAAGGACUUGCCCGCAGAGCGUGCGCUCGUGCGCAUUCGAGAGAAUGAGCUACAUGAGGUCUUCAAUCCCCUGGAUCCCGAUGGCGAUGCUGAUUAUCAAGCACUGAUGUUCUUCCCGGACAAGUGCUGUUUUGUACAGUCACUCGAGGGGAUUUCGCCGUGCAGGGAGGCCAUGGCCCCGGGCCACAUGACCCACGCCAGCCUUUACCUUUGCUUUGAUAAACAUCCAUCUCCGGGACCUGCUCAUGCUGAGCAGCUUCAGCGAUUGGAAGUCACGACGUCUACUGUCCGCUUCGUGGAGGCAGUGCGGCAAACGAUGCAACUCAUGCAUCUCCUUUCCUUUGUGUGA